CGGAAGUGUUUGACGAAAUCUCCAUAGAGGCCGAAAACACCUCGUGCAGUCUAAUCUUCCGGUUUGGUAGCGAAAGCUGUUCUAGCCAUCCGGUGCUUCAUGGUAAAAAAAAGUCUUGCUUUGCCACAAUGAAAUACUUUGUUUGACACCGAAGGUCCCAAGGACACCCCUCCGCGGAAGUGACGAUUACGGAAACUACUGAUCGAUGACUUUCUGACCUUUUAUGAGUGAACUUUCACCCUGGACCUCUAAGGCUGGACCCCCUUUCACUCUGGAGUCUCAAAGGAGGGGAGGGGGGGGAAAGAGAGCUAACCGUUAGUGAUUCGCUUUGCUCUUCCUUCCCCCGGCCCUGACAGCCUGAGGUGGCCGCGCCAUGAAGGAUGACAACCCAUCGCUGGCUCAGGCCAGCUUCUCGACAAGCUCAGACCUGAGAAUGCGAGUUCUUCAGUUUGUAGAAGAUAGACUGCAGACAACCAUGUUAACUGGAAUAAUCAUUGGAGCAGCAGUCGCCUUGGCCCUUAUUGGGAUUGUCGUGGGUGUUGUUUACAGGAAGUUCAAACAGUCAAAGCAACCUCAGCCACAAGUGCCUCAGUACCGGUUUCGCAAGAGAGACAAAGUAAUGUUCUAUGGCCGCAAGAUCAUGCGGAAGGUAACAACUUUGCCAAAUUCUCUGGUUGGAAAUGCUGUUCCUCGGCAGCGGAUGCGGAAAAGAGCCAAAGUGUUGUCCUUAGCAAAGAGGAUCCUGCGCUUUAAGAAAGAGUCCCCAACCCUGCAACCCAAGGAACCCCCUCCUUCUCUGCUAGAAGCAGACCUAACAGAAUUUGAUGUGAAGAAUUCUCACCUGCCCUCUGAAGUCCUUUACAUGCUUAAAAAUGUCAGGGUUCUUGGGCACUUUGAGAAACCUCUGUUUCUGGAGCUCUGCAAGCACAUGGUCUUUGUGCAGCUGCACGAAGGGGAGUACAUCUUCCGCCCAGGGCAGCUGGACAACAGCAUCUACGUGGUGCAGGAUGGAAAACUGGAAGUCUGCAUCCAGGAGAAUGAUGGCACAGAAGUUGUGGUGAAAGAAGUUCUAGCAGGAGACAGCGUGCACAGCCUCCUAAGCAUUCUGGAUGUCAUCACUGGUCACCCUGCCCCAUACAAGACAGUUUCUGCUCGAGCAGCAAUACCUUCCACCAUCCUGCGGCUUCCAGCUAAUGCAUUUCAUGAUGUUUUUCAGAAAUACCCUGAGACUCUUGUGAGGGUCGUGCAGAUCAUCAUGGUGAGGCUCCAAAGAGUAACCUUCCUGGCUUUGCACAACUACCUUGGCUUGACCACUGAACUCUUCAAUGCUGAGAACCAAGCCAUCCCACUGGUGUCAGUUGCAAGCGUAACCUUUGGCGGAAAUACCAACAAAGCUGUGAAGAGGCAGUUGUCUAACCUGUCAGAGGAGGAGCGGGCAGAGAGGCUGGAGAAACAAGGGGAUUCUUUGGAGACUGAUGCAGGGAAGGCUCCUGGAUCUGAGAGUACCCUCAGAAGGGGCUCAACUCUGAUGUCUCCCUCUGGAUCUGCUGACAGUACUGGAACCUCUUCUGGAGCAAAAGCUGACCUGGACAUGGCUUAUGAGAGAGCUCGAGUGUCCUUCUCCGAGGAGGGGCUACCCAGCACUGCUGCAUACAAGUCCAUCUUGAAGAAGACGGUGACUGUGACAGAAAUGCCCUCGGCUGUCUUCCAUUACUCGCAGGGCAAUCUGGUCGCUCUGGAGCCUGGUGCCAACAAACAGGUGGAUAGUAUCUUCGAGGCUGCCAAGAAGGAUCUCUUAACCUUGAUGAAGCUGGACGAUCCUUCUCUCCUGGAUGGAAAAGUGACUCUGCAUCAAGUUACUGCUGGGACGGUGGUGUCGAGGCAGGGUGACCAGGAUGUCAACAUCCGGUUUGUGAUCUCUGGGAUGCUUCAUGUGUACCAGCGGAAGAUUGACUCGGAGGAGGAGACGUGCCUGUUCAUUACCCACCCAGGAGAGUUGGUGGGGCAGCUUGCUGUGCUGACUGGGGAACCACUCAUCUUUACCAUCAAGGCCAAUCGGGAUUGUAGCUUCUUGGCCAUCUCCAAGUCUCAUUUUUAUGAGAUAAUGCGGGAGCAGCCAACGGUUGUCCUGGGUGUGGCUCACACAGUUGUGAAGAGGAUGUCGUCCUUUGUGAGGCAGGUUGACUUUGCUCUGGACUGGAUGGAAGUGGAAGCCGGACGUGCAGUUUACAGGCAAGGCGACAGCUCGGAUUGCACCUACAUUGUGCUGAAUGGGCGACUCCGCUCAGUCAUCAGGAUGGAUGAUGGGAAAAAGCAUUUGACUGGUGAAUAUGGCCGUGGGGACCUGAUUGGCGUGGUAGAGGCCUUAACCCAUCAGCCCAGAGCCACCACGGUACACGCAGUCCGAGAUUCUGAGCUAGCCAAGCUUCCAGAGGGAGCACUGACCUCCAUCAAGCGGAAGUUCCCACAGGUGGUGACGAGGCUAAUCCAUUUACUGGGUGAGAAGAUCCUUGGCAGUCUUCAGCAAGGGGGUCACCCACUUGGAUUGCACACUUCCGGCAGCAAGUGGGACGCCGGCAACCCAGUUAGCAACCUCUCCACUGUUGCGAUCAUGCCUGUGUCAGAAGAUGUGCCACUUGCCACCUUUACUUUGGAGCUCAAGCAUGCUCUCAGUGCCAUUGGUCCUGCUCUGCUGCUUACCAGUGACAACAUCAAGCAGCAGCUUGGCUCUGCAGCGCUGGACAGCAUCCAUGAGUACCGACUGUCCAGCUGGCUGGGGCAGCAGGAGGACAUGCAUCGCAUAGUGCUCUACCAGUCUGACAGCACCCUCACCCCAUGGACCCAGCGCUGCAUCCGGCAAGCUGACUGCAUUUUGAUCGUGGGUUUGGGAGAGCAAGAGCCCACUGUUGGAGAGCUGGAAAGGAUGCUGGAGAAUACAGCUGUCCGAGCCCAGAAGCAGCUGAUCCUGCUCCACAGAGAGGAUGGUCCCCUUCCUUCCCGAACAGUAGAGUGGCUCAACAUGCGGAGCUGGUGUUCAGCCCACCUUCACCUCCGCUGCCCACGUCGUGUCUUCUCCCGACGGAGUCUGCCUAAACUGAAAGAAAUGUAUGAGCGUGUAUUUCAGAAGCCUCCGGACAGACACUCUGACUUCUCCCGGCUGGCCCGUGUCCUGACUGGGAAUUCAGUCGCUUUAGUGCUUGGAGGAGGUGGUGCACGGGGAUGUUCUCAAGUGGGCGUUAUCAGGGCGCUGAAUGAAGCCGGCAUCCCGGUCGACAUGAUUGGCGGCACCUCCAUCGGUGCCUUCAUGGGGGCCCUGUAUGCCGAAGAGCGCAGCUACACUCAAAUGAGCAUCAAAGCCAGGCAGUGGGCUAUGAAUAUGAAUUCAGUGUUCAAAACCGUCCUAGACUUGACGUACCCGAUCACCUCCAUGUUCUCUGGCGCCUCGUUCAACAAUGGCAUCAGCAGUAUCUUCAAAGACAAACAGAUUGAGGACCUCUGGAUUCCUUAUUUUACCAUCACAACAGACAUCACAGCCUCGGAAAUGAGAGUCCACACGGAUGGCUGUCUUUGGAGGUACGUUCGGGCCAGCAUGUCCCUUUCUGGUUACUUGCCCCCUCUUUGUGAUCCAAAAGAUGGGCAUCUCCUGAUGGAUGGGGGUUAUAUCAACAAUCUUCCAGCGGAUGUCGCAAGGUCCAUGGGUGCGAAAGUCGUUAUUGCCAUCGACGUGGGGAGUAGAGAUGAGACAAACCUCACCAAUUAUGGCGACGCUCUCUCUGGCUGGUGGUUGCUAUGGAAACGGUGGAAUCCCUUAGUGGAGAAAGUGAAGGUGCCAAACAUGGCCGAGAUACAGACCCGACUUGCCUAUGUGUGCUGUGUGCGGCAGCUGGAGAUGGUCAAGAACAGUGACUACUGCGAGUACAUUCGGCCAUCCAUUGACCGCUACGGCACCCUGGACUUUGGGAAGUUCAACGAAAUCUGUGAAGUGGGCUAUCAGCAUGGAAAGACGGUUUUUAACGUCUGGUGCAGGAGUGGCGUCCUGGACAAGAUGCUGAAGGACAGGCAGGAGCUCUGCCAAACCAAGCCCUCAGCUAUUGUGACCUGUCCCACGACCUCUUUCACAGAUCUGGCAGAAAUAGUAUCCAGAAUUGAACCGGUCAAGGCCGCUGUGGUGGAUGAUGAGUCUGACUAUCAGACAGAGUAUGAAGAGGAGGUUUUCGGCAGCCAGAAGGACGACUACGUCAAUUUCCUGAGCAACCAAGCUGAAGAGGACUCUGACUCCCAGGACCAAGAAGUCCGGCUACGGAAGCAUGCCAGUGGCACCAGCCAGGACAGCCAGGCGAGCAGCGAAUCGAAGACGAGCUAAUCUGCUUUGGGAUUCUUGAGCAGUGGAGGCCAAUCACAUGUGCUCUUCUCGCCAUUACAAAAGUGCCUGGUUGAGAGAUGGCCAUUUCUGUUUGAUUUCCUGCCUAAGGGCUAAAACUCAGCCCCCCAAACUCUGGGGGGAACAUCUCCAAAAACCUCCAGUGUGGCUUUGAUUGGGGGUGGGGGGAGACACCUGGCCCAAGGGAGUUCUGGGGCAGUGAUGUUUCAGAUGGAAGGGGGGCGGGUGGGAUUGAUGACUUUUCAUUUUGUUCCAUGAACAAGAGAGUGGCAGGAGGCCAGUGGAGCAGGGAAGCUGAGGCUGGCUGACUUUGCAGCCUAACUAGUUCCUCCCUCUUUGAAGGGGCCUGGCUUUCAGCACUCCUGAACUGAUACCUUGUGCCAUUCUCGCAGUGGUAUCUGCAACAGGGAAUGAGGGGGUACAGUUGGCAGUGAGCCCAUGUGGCAGCAUGUAAAUGAAUCUGGAUGUUCCUUGCUUGCUUCCGACACCGUGUAAUAACAAAGCCAUCUGUUGGGAGCCAUCUCAGUCAGCAGCUGCAGCUACCUCCCCUGGGAUCAGUUGAAGUGCCUUCUCUGGGAAUUGCUUCCUGCUCUCCACUGCGGGCCAGUAACGAGUAGGCCAGCUCUUUUGUGUCUUUCCCAAACUGUCCGAGGUGCCUUGGCUUGUCCAAUGCUUGCUUCAUCCCCGCUUUGGAAAACACUCGGCAGAUGGCUCUGUUCCAGACUUUUAAAAUUAAAAUGUCAGCAAUCAAACCA